CGGGUGUGGGUCGGGGACGCUCUCUCCCCGCCAGUCCUCGCCGCUCUCCAGGGCAGGCUUCUGUGCUGCGCUUGCUCCGGGUUGGUAGGCCUCCUGGACUGCCUUUUGCUGCGCACCCCUGCUGCCUUCCUCCCUCUGGAGGCCUCUCUGCGGCUCCUAUGCUGCCCUCAGCAUCUCCACAUCCAAGCUCAUCCCUCUGUCUCUGAGCUCAGACUGAGUCUCUAUCUGCACUGCCUGUCACUGUCUUUGCUGUAUCUCUGUGUGGGAUGCCCCCUUGGUGGGCCCCUACCCUUCCCUCCCUGCUGAAGCCCACAUCUCUGUGGCCCUCAAGGCCUGCCAGACCCCUGCUCCUCCCUGGAGCCAUCUGCAGAAGUCAGGACCGGGACAAUGGCAGUGCCCAGUCUGUGCCCAUGGGUCGCAUGCCUGCUGGUGAUCCUCCUCUCCUUGGGAUUUGGCCUGGACACACUAGAGGUGUGCCCCAGCCUGGACAUCCGCUCAGAGGUGGCGGAGCUGCGCCGGCUGGAGAACUGCAGCGUGGUGGAGGGCCAUCUGCAGAUCCUGCUCAUGUUCACGGCCACGGGCGAGGACUUCCGCGGCCUCAGCUUCCCACGCCUCACUCAGGUCACUGACUACCUGCUGCUCUUCCGCGUGUACGGCCUGGAGAGCCUGCGGGACCUCUUCCCCAACCUCGCGGUCGUGCGCGGCGCCCGCCUCUUCCUGGGUUAUGCGCUGGUGGUCUACGAGAUGCCGCACCUGCGGGACGUGGGGCUGCCAGCGCUGGGGGCCGUGCUGCGCGGGGCCGUGCGGGUGGAGAAGAACCAGGAGCUCUGUCAUCUCUCCACCAUCGACUGGGGGCUGCUGCAGCCCUCCCCCAGCGCCAACCACAUCGUGGGCAACAAGCUGCGUGAGGAGUGUGCCGACGUGUGCCCCGGCGUGCUGGGUGCCACCGGCCAGCCCUGCGCCAGGACCACCUUCAGUGGGCACACCGACUACAGAUGCUGGACCUCCAGCCACUGCCAGAGAGUGUGUCCCUGCCCCCAUGGGCUGGCCUGCACAGCUGGGGGUGAGUGCUGCCACAUUGAAUGCCUGGGGGGCUGCAGCCGGCCGGAAGACCCCCGUGCCUGCGUCGCCUGUCGCCAUCUCUACUUCCAGGGUGCCUGCCACCGGGCCUGCCCUCCAGGCACCUACCAGCACGAGUCCUGGCGCUGUGUCACGGCAGAGCGCUGUGCCAGCCUGCGCUCUGUGCCCGGCCGCACCUCCAUCUUUGGCAUCCACGAGGGCAGCUGCCUGGCCCAGUGCCCUCCGGGCUUCACCCGCAACGGCAGCAGCAUGUUCUGCCACAAGUGUGAGGGGCUGUGCCCCAAAGAGUGCAAGGUGGGUACCAAGACCAUCGACUCCACGCAGGCGGCACAGGACCUGGCGGGCUGCACCCACGUGGAGGGGAGCCUCAUCAUCAACCUCCGCCAGGGCUACAACCUAGAGCUGGAGCUGCAACAGAGCCUGGGGCUGAUAGAGACCAUCACUGGCUUCCUCAAGAUCAAGCACUCCUUUGCCCUCGUGUCCCUGGGCUUUUUCAAGAACCUCAAACUCAUCCGAGGGGACGCCAUGGUGGAUGGGAACUACACCCUGUAUGUGCUGGACAACCAGAACCUACAGCAGCUGGGGGCCUGGGUGGCUGCGGGGCUCACCAUUCCCGUGGGCAAGAUAUACUUCGCUUUCAACCCUCGCCUCUGCUUGGAGCACAUCUACCGCCUGGAAGAGGUGACCGGCACGCGGGGACGGCAAAACAAGGCUGAGAUCAACCCCCGCACCAACGGAGACCGCGCCGCCUGCCAAACUCGCACCCUGCGCUUCGUGUCCAACGUGACGCAAGCUGACAGCAUCUUGCUGCGCUGGGAGCGCUACGAGCCGCUGGAGGCUCGGGACCUGCUCAGCUUCAUCGUGUACUACAAGGAGUCCCCAUUCCAGAAUGCCACAGAGCACACAGGUCCAGAUGCCUGUGGAACCCAGAGCUGGAACCUGCUGGAUGUGGAGCUGCCCUUAAGCCGCACCCAAGAACCCGGGGUGACUCUAGCACCCCUCAAGCCCUGGACACAAUAUGCAGUGUUUGUACGGGCCAUCACACUGACCACUGCUGAGGACAGCCCCCACCAAGGAGCCCAGAGCCCCAUCGUCUACCUCCGAACCCUGCCUGCGGCGCCCACUGUGCCCCAGGACGUCAUCUCCACGUCCAAUUCCUCGUCCCACCUGCUGGUGCGCUGGAAGCCACCGAUUCAGCGCAACGGGAACAUCACCUACUACCUGGUGCUGUGGCAGCGUCUGGCGGAGGACGGCGACCUCUAUCUCAACGACUACUGCCACCGCGGCCUGCGGCUGCCCACCAGCAACAACGACCCGCGCUUCGACCGCGAGGACGGUGAACUCGAAGCCGAGAUGGAGCCGGGCUGCUGCCCUUGCCAGCACCCACCGCCUGGGCAGGUCCUGCCGCCGCUGGAGGCGCAAGAGGCCUCGUUCCAGAAGAAGUUCGAAAACUUCCUGCACAACGCCAUCACCAUCCCCAAGUCCCCCUGGAAGGUGACGUCCGUCAAUAAGAGCCCUCAAAGACACGCGGGGAGGCACCGCCGGGCCGCCGGGGCGCUCCGGCUUGGGGGCAACAGCUCGGAUUUCGAGAUCCAGGAGGACAAAGUGCCCCGGGAGCGAGCAGUGUUGAGUGGUCUGCGCCACUUUACGGAAUAUCGUAUCGACAUCCAUGCCUGCAACCACGCGGCUCACUCCGUGGGCUGCAGCGCAGCCACUUUCGUCUUCGCGCGCACCAUGCCGCACAGAGAAGCUGAUGGCAUCCCAGGGAAGGUGGCCUGGGAGGCAGCCAGCAAAAGCAGUGUCCUCCUGCGCUGGCUGGAGCCACCUGACCCCAACGGACUCAUCCUCAAGUAUGAAAUCAAGUACCGCCGCUUGGGAGAGGAGGCCACAGUGCUAUGUGUGUCCCGCCUACGAUAUGCCAAAUUUGGGGGUGUCCAGCUGGCCCUGCUGCCCCCUGGAAACUACUCCGCCAGAGUUCGGGCAACCUCGCUGGCUGGCAACGGCUCCUGGACAGAAAGUAUCGCUUUCUACGUCCCCGGGCCAGAGGAGGAAGACUCCGGGGGGCUGCACGUCCUUCUCACUGUCACCCCCGUGGGGCUCAUGCUGUUCAUCAUUCUUGCCGCCCUCGGUUUCUUCUACGGCAGGAAGAGAAACAGCACCCUCUAUGCCUCUGUGAAUCCGGAGUACUUCAGCGCCUCUGAUAUGUACAUCCCUGAUGAGUGGGAGGUGCCUCGGGAGCAGAUCUCCAUAAUCCGAGAGCUGGGCCAGGGCUCCUUUGGGAUGGUAUAUGAAGGCCUGGCACAAGGACUAGAGGCUGGAGAGGAGUCCACACCCGUGGCCCUGAAGACAGUGAAUGAGCUGGCCAGCCCACGAGAACGCAUUGAGUUCCUCAAGGAAGCCUCUGUCAUGAAGGCAUUCAAGUGUCACCAUGUGGUACGUCUCCUGGGUGUUGUGUCUCAAGGCCAGCCAACUCUGGUCAUCAUGGAGUUAAUGACUCGUGGGGACCUCAAGAGCCAUCUUCGAUCUCUGCGGCCUGAGGCAGAGAACAACCCUGGGCUCCCACGGCCAGCACUGGGAGAUAUGAUCCAGAUGGCUGGUGAGAUUGCAGAUGGCAUGGCUUACCUCGCUGCCAACAAGUUUGUGCAUCGAGACCUGGCAGCCAGAAACUGCAUGGUGUCCCAGGACUUCACCGUCAAGAUUGGGGACUUCGGGAUGACUCGAGACGUGUACGAGACAGACUAUUACCGCAAGGGCGGGAAGGGGCUGCUGCCCGUGCGCUGGAUGGCCCCCGAGUCCCUCAAAGAUGGAAUCUUCACCACACAUUCGGAUGUUUGGUCCUUCGGGGUGGUGCUCUGGGAGAUCGUGACCCUAGCUGAACAGCCCUACCAGGGUUUAUCCAACGAGCAGGUGCUCAAGUUUGUCAUGGAUGGUGGGGUCCUGGAGGAGCUGGAGAGCUGUCCCCUUCAGCUGAGUCUGAAUUCUCUUCGAGAGAGUGAGCGAGGUCACAGCAGGAGGAGUGUACGAGAGGUCCAGGCCCUGAGUAGGAGCCCCUACUCAGACUGGAAAGAGGGGCUCACCUAUCCAGAAGGCAGGGUCCAGAGAACCGCAUCCUCAGCUUUGGGUCUCCUGUGGACGUCUGGGGCCAUCAACACACUUGAAACCAGAAGAGCAACCUGCAUCAGGCCUAGAAGCCUCCCUGUCCAUGUUUGGGAUGCUGGGGAUGAGGUGUCCACACCACUGCCCUCGUCUUGGUGUCUCCCCUCCUCCCCCCUGCCUCAUGCAUCAGUUGGUGUGGGGAGAAUCCAGUGGCCUGGGUGAGCACCGUCCCAAACUGGCCCCGAGGCCUGCCUCACUACUUCCUCUCCUUUGCCAUACCCAGGGACCCCCCAUGUUUGGUGCUCCUCCUCCCUUGUCCCCAGGGGCAUCCCCUGGUGCAGAUUCACCCCUUCUCCCAGGCCCUUCCUCUGGACCUCCCUCCUACCCUUGGAUGAUUGAGGCUUUAAGAGCCUUGUUUCCUCCCUGCCCUCUGCCCUGCCCCCCACCCCUGCCUCUCGCGGGAGGGCUGGAGAAGACACAAUAAAU